AUGAUAAAGACAGAGAAGAUUCUGCACUUGAAGAGCAGCAGAGGUCGGAAAGUGCGUGUGGUUCGGGAGCACUAUUUAAGAGAGAAAGUCCCUUGUUUCAGCGCAGGCUGUCAGGCGCAAUGUAAUAACGAGGGCAAAGUUCUUCCUGCAGAUCUGACUCAUUAUGUGGUGCCUGAUGUGGGGGUUGUGCUGGACUUUCUGGAGAUCCUGGAGUUCAGAGAAAUCCAGGGAAUCAUCUUCACCCAGACAGCGUGUCAGGCUGUGCAGCACAACAAAGGAAGAAGGCAGUACAACAGACUUCGUAACUUACUGAGAGACCCUCGCCAUGACUGUGUUCUGUUCGCCAAUGAGUUCCAGGAGUAUUCGUACUGCCCUCGAGAGAAGGGGGAGUGCCACGAGAAGUGGCAAACCAGAUGUGUGUACUCUGCUUCUGUGUGGUACUACAACCAUCUGGCUGGGCUCAAAGACAUCGUCAUGGUGACUGAAGACAGGGAGGCGGUGACUCAGUACAGCAGCCUUUACUCUGGCGUCUACGUCAUAUCAAUGCAGGAAUAUUUGCAUAACUUUUGGCUGGAUGUGCACGCAGCUCAUGAACUGUACAGCUCGAUCACCCAGGCGGCACUGGGGAGAGAGAAUGAGGGCUCGGAGAAAGAGUACAUAGAGCACCUCCCCUCUGAGCUGCUGGAGGCGGGCAUCAAGUCCGGAAGAUACGUUCAGGGUAUCCUCAAUGUGAAUAAGCACAGAGCCCAGCUGGAAGCGCUAGUGACCGCACAGGGAUUCUCCAACAAGAGCACAGAGUUGAGUCGGGACGUCUUGGUGCUCGGGAUAAAGCAUCGUAACCGUGCCAUACACGGCGACAGCGUGGUGGUGGAGCUCCUGCCCCGUGGGGAGUGGAGAGGGAGAAACACAGCUCUGACUGAAGCCCAGGGUGAAGAGAGGAGUGCGGAGGCGCCCAGAAGCCAGCCCAUGCCCACUGGUCAUGUGGUGGGGAUUUUGCAGAGGAAUUGGAGGGACUACGUGGUGACGUUUCCUCCUCGAGAUACUCCCAACCAGAGCCGCAACUCUCAGAAGAUCCUGACUGUGCCCUGGGACCAUCGCAUCCCCAAGAUCCGCAUCAGCACCCAGCAAGCCGACACUCUGCAGGAUCACAGGGUGGUGGUCCGGAUAGACUCCUGGGACAGCACUUCGUUGUACCCAAAUGGCCACAGCGUCAGGAUCCUGGGCCGAGCCGGCGAGCUGGAGACCGAGGUCCAGACCAUUCUCGUUGAGAACUGCAUCAGUGUGUCUGCGUUCUCUGAGGCACAGCUGAAGGAGAUGCCGGUCGUGUCCCCUGAGCAGCCCUGGUGCCCUGACCCUGGACAGGUGCAGGCCCGCAGGGACCUGAGGGAAAGCCACCUGGUUUUUAGCAUCGACCCUCGUGGCUGUGAGGACGUGGACGACACGCUGUCUGUGAAGCAGCUACCGCAUGGAGCUCUGGAGCUGGGGGUCCACAUCGCUGAUGUCACACACUUCGUCAAGGAGGGCUCAUUGACGGACCUCGAGGCUCGGGCACGAGCCACCACGUACUACCUGGCGGACCGCAGAUACGACAUGCUCCCGGAGGUGCUCAGCUCAAACCUCUGCUCUCUGUUGGGAGGAGUUGACAGGUAUGCCAUGAGCGUGCUGUGGCAGCUGGAUGCAGAUUCUCUAGAGGUGAAGAGCGUGUGGUUCGGUCGCACUCUGAUCCGCUCCUCGUACCAGCUGCACUACGAGCUGGCACAGUCCCUACUGAAUGGGGAGGAGCCAGAUGUUCCCGAACUGAUCCGCCUCCCCCCAGAGCAGAGAGACCGGAACCUCUGUGACCUCACCCAGGCUUUACACACCCUGACUCAUGUGGCCAGACACCUGAGAGCACAAAGGGACCGAGGGGGCGCUCUGGAGCUGGAGGGAGUGGAGGUUCGUGCUCAGUUGGAUUCGGAGAAGAACAUCACUGCUCUCGUUCCUCGUCAGCCGCUCGAGGUCCACGAGACGGUGGCCGAGUGCAUGAUCUUUGCUAACCACUGGGUGGCGCGCAAGAUCCAGGAGGCGUUCCCUCACCAGGCCCUGCUCCGUCACCACCCUCCCCCACGGCAGGAGCACUUCAGCCAGCUGCAGGAUUGUGCCAGGGCCCAGGGCUUCAGCAUAGACACUAGAUCUAAUAAAUCUCUGGCAGGCUGUCUGGAGCAGGCGGUGGACCCCCAGGACCCUGUGGUGAACCAGCUCCUGCGGAUGAUGGCGACUCAGGCCAUGUCUCAGGCAAUGUACUUCUGUACCGGAGCUGUGCCUGCUGAGGACUACUAUCACUACGGUUUGGCUCUGGACCGCUACACUCACUUCACGUCGCCGAUCCGACGUUAUGCUGAUGUGGUGGUACACAGACUCCUAACCGCAGCACUGGACCAGGAAAUUGACCGGAGCGUCAGUGUGGGGUCCACCAGAGAUAUGGAGGAGACCGCACAACACAUGAACACGCGCAACAGGGCCGCUCAGCAUGCUCAAAGGAUGUCGACAGAGCUGUUCCAGUGCCUGUUUUUCCGAGACAGACAUCCUGAGACUGACUCCGACUGUUUGGCUGAUGCUGUGAUCUAUGGAAUCAGAGACAACGGAGUCCUGGUCUUUGUGCCACAGUACGGUCUGAGGGGUCCGGUGUACCUGAGGAGCAGAGGUGGUGAGGUGGUGUCUGUGGCAACGGACGGCAGCUGUGACUGGAGCAGUGGGACCCUCACGAGGAACGCUGACCACAUCACCACCUCCUCCGUUAGCGGAAGCGCCACUUUCAGGCUUUUCCAACACAUCACCGUAUGCAUCUUGGUGCACACAAACCCCUGCCACGCGGACGCCCUAAACCUGCAGCUGGUCCGCCACGCGCCUCACAAGUCUCAGAGCAUGCGGCCGGUCGGGGGGCACACCCGAGCACGGCUGGUGCAAGAGGUGCAGCGGCAGGCCGAGGAGGCCACACUCAGGGCCUCGCUCAGGCCCAAACUCAGCCGAGAGGAGAAGCAGUUCAGCCAGAGCAAACAGCCCAACCUCUACUCUCUGCUGGAAGAGAUCCAAGAGCUCUCUCUGAUGAGCUCCGAGGCCAGUGCCCAGCGGCUGUGCGCCACCACGGCAUGA